AUGGACCCGUCAAUGCACCACGGAGGAUUUCAGCACGACUCAGUUCCGGGUUUCAACGGUCAGAUGCCAGGCGGGCCGAUGGGAGGACCCUUGCCCGUGGGAGGACCGAUGGCCGCACCGAUGGGACACAUGGGCAACCCACACGGAGGGCCCUUGCCAGCUGGUGGCCCGCUGCCAGUAGGAGGGCCAUUGCCAAUGGGUGGACCUCUGCCCAUGGGUGGGCCACCAAGAAAUAUGGGUCAUCGAGGCCCAGGUCACUUUCCUCCUCUCAACGGAGGCAACAAUGAUGGGAGAAAACGAGGACACGCACCAGACGGACAAGGCGACUUCAAGCGCGCCCGACAAAGCGGCGGCUACGGCCAGAAAAACCAACCAGGAGUAGGCCAUCGCUUCCUUAUUCCUUCGAAAAUGGCUGGAGCAGUCAUUGGCAAAGGUGGAACCACCAUCAAAGCGCUUCGAUCAGACUUCUCUUGCCAACUGAAUGUCCCCGAUGCCCAAGGUCCAGAAAGAGUCUUGCGAUUCGUUUGCGAGGAGAGCAAUGUUACUCCUCUUAUCGAGAAGAUUGGUACACUUUUGCGCGAUGACAUGGUUGAGCGGAACCGGGCACAGCCGAAUUCGGACAUUGACAUGCGAAUGCUUGUUCAUCAGUCCAAGGCCGGAGCCGUCAUUGGCUUCAAAGGCGAGACCAUCAAAGGCCUCAGAGAAAAGACCGGCUGCAAGAUCAACGUCUACCAAGACCCAGCUCCUCACUCGUCUGACAGACUCAUCAAAGUCGCGGGACAACCGGACAAAAUCGCCACUUGCUUUGGCGAGAUUCUACAGAUUUUGAACGAUAUUCCACCAAAAGGCUUUGUUGAAGAAUUCGAUCCUGAAAACGCCGACAGUACAUUUGACUACGGCGGCUACGCAUUUGAAGAAGCGAACAAGCCAGCCUUUGACCGAGGUGGUGGCCGAGGAGGCGGUCGCGGUGGAGGCGGCCGAGGUGGUAGAGGUGGAGGACGAGGCGGUGGCGGCGGAGCCUGGGGACCACCUCCUCAGCAGCAAGACGAUUUCAGAUGGGGCAACGCCAAUCCCGGUUAUGGGGCUCCUCAAGGUGGCCAAGGACAAAGAGGAGGAGGCGGCGGUGGCCGCGGAGGACCUCGUGGCGGCCGUGGUGGUCCGAGAGGUGGUGGAAACUUCGGUGGCCGCGGAGGCGGCGGCGGUCGAGGAGGACCACGAGGAGGCGGAGGCCGCGGUGGCGGAGCACCUCGAGGUGGCGGAGGACCCCGCGGUGGAGGCGGAUAUGGUGGCGGCCGUGGCGGAGGACCAGGAGGAAGGGGCUCCUUCUAA